AUGUCGAGGGUCAUAGGGGUCUGGCGGGAAUACCGUCUGUCCCUUGUAGUAACCUUCGUCGACUAUGAGAAAGCCUUCGACAGCGUAGAAACGAAUGCAAUAUCGUCAGCGCUGGUCGAUCAAGGCGUGGACGCCUCAUAUGUGAGGACAUUAGCCAAUUGCUACGAUCGAUGCACCAAUAAGAUGAAGCUUUUCCUUCGCCCCCUCACCAUACCCAUUGGAAAGGAGGACUACGACGUUAUCGGACUGACCGAGACGAGACGACGUCACCCUCUCAACGCCGUACAUGAAGAAGAAUUGUUCUUAGGAACAUGCGACAGUAGAGGUGUUGGUGGAGUUGGCGUCCUCGCCAACACGAGUAUGGCAAAGAACAUCGAAUCUUUCGAACAACUUGCAACCCGAAUCGGCCGUCUGCGGAGAAAAUGUGGUCCAACACCAGCUUUGACCAUCUUCGUCGCUUACGCUCCAACAUCAAGCUACGAAGAAGAAGAGGUCGAACCUUUCUAUAUGGACCUAGAAAAAGACGGGAAAGAGCAUUCGCUACGCCCGUGGAGAAUUUGCCAGUCGAAAGACGAGGAUGAGUGUUCUCCGGAACCCAAAUGGAGCAUCGAGAUGAGAAUGGAGAAAAUCAUCUACGACUUCUACUCUGAUCGCUUCGACAGCCGUGUUCACUUGCCUCCUCACCAUCUGAGGGAAGACGGACAUGUUGUUCGAGAGAUUCCCUCGUCCGAAAUACGGCAUGCUACCAUGUCGGUCCUCAAACAGUGGAAGACCUGCGAGGCCGUGUUGCUGUAUAAGAAGGGAGAUCUACAUGAAAUCAGCAACUAUCGCUCAAUCUGCUUACUGUCCGUCAUCGACAAGCUCUUUACGAGAGUGAUCCUUAAUAGGAUUGAAAAAGUCUUGGAUGAAGGACAGCCUUGCGAGCAAGCAGAGUUUCAAAAGGGAUUCAGCACGACUGACCACAUUCACACUGUUUCGAAACUCAUCGAGGUAUCACGAGAGUACAAUAUGCCGCUCUGUCUCACGUUUGUCGACAUAAAGAAGGCUUUGUACUCAGUUGGGACAGAAUCGGUCAUAGAGGCUUUGGACAACCAGGGUGUCCCUACUCAGUACAUAAAGAGAGGGGUACGACAGGGUGAUACAAUUUCACCUAACAUUUUCACGGCCACCCUCGAGAAUGCAAUGCGAAAGCUGAGCCGAAGAUCAGAGACGCUGCGGCAUUUGUCAUGA